ACCUCUAUCCUUCUUUCUGCGGUCUUCUCUGCUGUGGCACAGUCCGCCGCAACCUCGGGUUGUGGAAUUCCUCUNUCAUCUCAACUCACUCGAGGAGGUGCUAGUCAAAGCAACACCCUGAGUUUUACAACUUCCGGCGGAGUUGUUCGCAGCUAUCUACUUCACAUCCCUUCCUCCUACGACAUCAAUACACCCGCCCCCAUUGCCUUCUCCUACCAUGGCAGGGGCGAAAAUCCUCAGGGCCAAGAGAGUAUCUCAGGAAUGUCGAACGAGGCUUUCAAUCCUAACUACUUAGUUGUUUACCCCCAGGGCAUCAAUCUGCAAUGGCAAGGUGAUCCGGAAGCUGUCGGGUACGAUGAUAUUGGUUUCACCAUGGAACUUCUUGCCAACCUGUCGAGCACUUACUGCAUCGACUCAGCAAGAGUGUAUGCUGCAGGAAAAUCUAACGGUGGUGGAUUUGCUGCAAAUGUCCUAGCUUGUGAUCCCAAGGCCUCUCGCGUCUUCGCAGGAUUCGCUGGUGCUUCCGGUGCAUACUACCAGGGCACAACAGAUGUGGGCUGUACUGAUGCCACCGUUACCUUCUCUUGCAACCCUGGUCGUUAUCCUGUGCCAAUCUUUACAACGCAUGGCGAUGCUGACCCCACAAUUCCAUACAUAGGAGGAGGUCGUCGUGGUCGUUGUUUACCAUCUGUCCCGCUUUUUAUGACAAGCUGGGCGGUACGCAACAACUUGGGGUCUUCCAACACUUCAGUGUCACUUUACGACAACAAUGUGGUCCGCUAUGACUAUGGGAACGACAGUUUCCCGCAGCUGAGUGCUCAUUACUAUGUGCAUGGUCUCGCACAUACUUGGCCUUCUCUUGCAGCCGGAUCACCGUUCGACGCAACACCUCUGUUGCUAUCCUUCUGGAACAAAUGGACGCUGGACACUACACCAUACAACUUCAUAAACGCCACCACGAGUGUGACUUCGAGUGCCACUUCUUCACCCACAAGUACAUCCUCGACGGCUGCACCGACUUCUACCAUCCCGUCAGCAAGCCUGUGUCCAUCAGCAAACGGCCAGCUAGUGAACGACACGAAUGGUAAUACCUAUCAGGUCACCUGUUCGGCAGACAACAGUGUUGGAUCGUACGCCAAUGCUCAAGCCUCUACAUCAUAUCUCGACUGUAUGAAUGCUUGUGAUGCUGCAAGCUCGAAUGGUUGUGUAGGCUUCACAUAUGUUGGAGGCACAAACGGCGUCGGUUCAGGCACAUGUUGGUUGAAGAAGAGCAUGGGUACCUAUCCAGCUUCUGGUAGUAACACCAUCUCCGCAGUUAGGGUAUCAGGUGGAUCAUCUGGCAAUAGUGUUUCAUCUGCUGCUCCAAGCACAUCGUCGAAAGGCACAUCAUCGACGAGUAGCUCGUCUGUCUCGUUCUCUGCUGCUCCGACCGCCUCAGCUCUAUCUUGCCCUGCUUCGAACAACCAGAUAUACACCUACGCAGCUAACGGAGCACAAUUUGCGAUUGAGUGUGGCAUAGAUCAUUCAGGCGGUGAUAUGUCUAGCACCUCCGUCAAAAACUUUGAAGGCUGUAUCGCGGCUUGUGCGACCACAAGCGGCUGUGUUGAUGUAUCGUUGUCUGGUUCAGCUUGCUACCUCAAGAAGACGCUU